AUGACUUCGCAAUCUCACCGUCUCGCACGGCUCGUUGGCCCGGCGUUGUUCACCAUCUCGGUCGCAGAGGCAUUCAACGCACACAUCUGGGCUGGGAGCACCGCGCCGACCAUCUUCCUGAACGGCUCCGUGAUCUUCGUCUCCGGUCUCGCCAUUGUCCAGAACCACAACGUGUGGUGUCGCUCCUGGCCUGUGCUGGUCACAUUGGUGGGCUGGGGAAAUGUUGCGUUGGGGUUGACGCGCAUGCUCAUUCCCGAGCGGAUACUCGAGAGCGUGAAGGCGGCUGAGGUCAGGGAUGUGAGGAUUGGAGCGACGGUCAUCGCAGGGUUUGCGGCGGUUGUCUCGUUCUUUGGGUAUUAUGGGCCUUGA